GACAUUCAAGCAACGAAGCUGGCUAUGGGUAUAUGGGCGAGGCUUUCUUGAAUGUGUUGUGCGUGCGUGAUUGAAUUUACUUUGUUGUAUUUUAAUUAAUUUCAAACAAAACGUAUUUUCUAUUUCUAAAGUUAACAUAAGAUCGUAAAUUAUGCUUUGAGAAAUAUGAAUUAUCUUAUUGAACUGAGAUAGUAUGUAUAUUUAAAUGUUUCAGUGUACUUUUCAUUCUGUAAGGUUUCAAAAAUGAAGUGUUUGUUGCUGUUUGCCGUUACGAGCAUAGUGAGGACUCAAGUUUUGGAUCAAAAGCCGUACAUUCCUAAUUAUUCACCUCAGCCAUACCCAGCAGAUUUGAACCAAAAUGCGACGUCAUACCGACCGAAUUCCCAAGUACCUUACGGCAGUUUCCCUGUGAACGACCAGAUGCAGAGCCCAUUUUAUCAAUCAGCCGAUAUUUAUAGACCUGACGGUUUUGGAGACUCCGACAAUGACGUCGACCCUCAAAAUACAGCUGGAUACUAUGCCGGUUUAGAUUAUGAAGAGAGGUAUAGGUGUCCGCCUAAUUGGAUUCGUUAUCGGGAGUCAUGCUAUCGAUUUACUAAAUCUCCGAAUCGUCCAAGAAAUGAGGCUCGUAAAAUAUGUCAAACGUAUGAAGCUGAUUUGGCUGCAGUCAACAGUCCUGAGGAACAUGGGUUUAUUGUAACAGUUUUAAUGAAAAUAGAUCCACAGAAAGGUGCAUGGUACAUGGCCGGUCACCAACAGACUCCAGGGCAAUGGGUGAAUGAUGGAGAAGGUUCACAGUUGAGUGGGUUAGAAAAUGCAUUCUUUGAGGAUCGUGAACUGACAUACACAAGUUACAAUUUGCUGUCUCGUGAUUAUUUGGUGUAUAAAUUUUCUAAGAAAGAGGGUCGCUGGGGUUUGUCUGCUGUUGAUGGCACACAAUACUUUCAUUUUAUCUGUGAAGGCCAGUCACAGAGGCUCCAUUACCUUAUAGAGGAGGAGAGAUCAUUUACUUAUGGUUUAGAAACAUACAACCCAGAAAGAAUUCCACGAGGACCAUAUUUCAUCAAAGAACCAGUUGAUACCAUAGCUGACAUGACGAAGAAGCAUCCCAUACAAUUGAUAUGCAUAGCAGGUGGAUAUCCUGCACCUGCGUAUAAAUGGUUCAGGGAAGAUUACCAAGUAGACAGUCCGGUUUAUGUUGAAAUAGACCCACUUGUAGAUACAAGAUUUGUUCUUAGUGGAGGCACUUUAAUGAUAUAUAAUGCAGAUCCUGAUAAAGAUAAUGCAAAGUAUCACUGCACAGCAACAAACAUUUAUGGCACAAUCAGGUCAGAAUCUGUUAGGUUAUCAUUUGGAUUUAUAAGAGAAUUUAACCAAAAAAGACCUAUUGAGAGUGGAAAAGAGUAUUGGGGUAAAGUUAUGAAUUGUGAUCCACCAUCUUACUAUCCAGCAGUCAAUUUCUUGUGGGCUCGUCAAUAUUUCCCUAAUCUCGUUGAGGAAGAUAAACGUGUCUUUGUUUCUUAUGAUGGUGGGUUAUAUUUCUCUGCUUUGGAGGCGAUUGACCGUGGCAACUACAGCUGCAAUGUCAUGAGCAAAGUGUCUGACGCCGGGCGAAAUGGCCCAUUAUUUUCUCUUUCUGUAUAUCCUCAUUCUGACUAUCAACAACUUAAGUUUCCAAACAAUUUUCCUAAACUUUUCCCUGAAGCUCCAGUGGUAGGACAGGAAGUCAGACUGGAAUGCGUUUCUUUUGGUUAUCCAGUGCCUUCUUAUAAUUGGACAAGGAAGGAUGGUGUAAUGCCAAGGAAAGCAAUUUUUAGUAAUUUUGACAGAGUAAUUACAAUACCACAUGUGGGUGUGGAAGAUGAAGGUGAGUAUGUCUGUGAUGUCUAUAAUGACCGAGCCCGAAUUUCAAACUCUGUGUUUUUGAAAGUACAAGCUGAACCUAACUUUACAAUCCCGCUCUCUGACAAGCAUGUUGACAAUAAUGGAGAGUUACACUGGAAUUGUGAAGCUUUUGGAAUUCCUGAUGUUAAUUACACUUGGUGGAAAAAUGGUAAAAAACUUUCUGUAGAUACUCUUGAUCCCAAGGACAGAGAUCGCUAUGUGAUUCAAGACAAUGUGCUAAUUAUCAAGUAUUUGGAUCCCCAGAGAGACCCUGGUAUGUUUCAAUGUGAAGCCAAAAAUCAACUAAAGACUCGAUACUCCACUGGACAGUUGAGAGUUCUAUCCUUAAAGCCAUCUUUCAAAAAAAGGCCCCUGGAAUCAGAAACUUAUGGAUGUGAAGGUGGUAAUGUGACAAUUAAAUGCAAUCCGGAAGCAGCACCUAAACCUACAUUUACUUGGAAGAAGGAUAAUUUAGUUAUUGGGGCAGGAGGUAAGAGAUUUAUCACAGAGACUGGUAACCUCAUUAUACGACAGCUAUCGAGAGAUGAUGAGGGUGUGUACACAUGUGUUGCUAAAAACAAGUAUGGAAGUGAUGAGAGUCGCGGUCGUCUGAUCGUAUUGCGCGCGCCGCGUUUUAUAGACCGCCUGCCUCCGCGCAUUGUUACUCAAGUAAACCAAGUCAUAUUCUUACAUUGCCAAGCUGAUGUGGAUCCCAUGCUGGACACAGCAUACCUUUGGAAUCAUAAUGGUAUCCGAGUCAAGGAAGCAUCUGAUAUCUAUGCUGAUAAAAGAAUCAAAGUCGAUGGUGGGGAACUGACGAUUUAUAAUGUGAGCUUAAACGAUGUCGGUGAUUAUGAAUGUGUAGUGAAAUCUGCAAUUGGUCGUAUCUCAUCACACACCCAGGUGCGAGUGGAAGGUCCUCCCGGCGCAGCCGGCGGCCUGCAGAUUCUGAAUAUUCAACGCAACGCUAUCACCCUUGAAUGGACCGACAGUAAUCCAAACGGUCGUCCUAUCAUGAGCUACGUUAUAACUGGUCGUACGCAGUACAAUUCCACUUGGGUCAUCAUUAGCGAUAAUGUCCCUAAUGUUCUAGAAAUCGAUCGGUAUAAUGGCAGAAAACGGGCCACUGUUAUUGCUAACCUCAGUCCAUGGUCGAUUUACGAAUUUAGAGUUCAAGCUGUUAAUGCGUUAGGAAUAGGCCAGCCAUCCGCUCCAAGUCCCCAAUUCACCACUAUGGUAGAUAAGCCAUAUCAAGCACCAUCUAAUAUUGGGGGAGGUGGCGGAAAGAUCGGUGAUCUUACGAUCAAAUGGACGCCUCUACCGCUACAGCUGCAGAAUGGACCUGGUAUCCACUACAAAAUAUUCUGGAGGCGAAAAGGUGCUGAACAAGAGUUCCAAUCGCUCUUGCUCAAAGAAUUUGGAAACAUCGGCAUGCAUGUUGUGCAUAUUUCAUUGACUUACUUCUUCACGGCUUACGAAGUUAAGGUGCAAGCAUUUAACGAUAUUGGGGAAGGACCUGAAAGCGAGGUGGUGACGAUAUAUUCCGCCGAAGACAUGCCUCAAGUGGCGCCUCAGCUUGUCUACGCAGUUUCGUAUAACUCGACUUCUUUGAAUGUGACGUGGAAUCCAAUAGAUCAGUCUCGAGAGAGGCUCCGAGGUAAACUCAUUGGCCAUCGACUGAAGUAUUGGAAACAGGCGAACAAGGAAGAAGAAUGCAUUUAUUAUUUAUCAAGGACAACACGCAACUGGGCCCUCAUUGUUGGCUUACAACCUGACACAUAUUACUUUGUCAAGGUGAUGGCGUUUAAUUCCGCGGGCGAGGGUCCAGAGAGCGAGCGCUACCUGGAGCGGACAUACCGCAAGGCGCCGCAGAAGCCCCCAGCUUCCGUCAACGUGUGGGCCGUCAACCCUAGCACUGUGCGCGUCGUGUGGCGAUACGUGCAACCUUCUGAUGAGGAGGAGCCUCUUAUUGGCUACAAGGUGAGAGUAUGGGAGAUCGAUCAGGACAUGAGCACAGCGAACGAUACUCUCGUCCCAGUCGACCACAAACUGGAAGCGUACGUCACAAGUCUGACCCCAGGGAAGACCUACAACCUCCGAGUACUGGCCUACUCUAAUGGCGGCGACGGCAGAAUGUCCUCCCCAGCCAUCACAUUCCAAAUGGGAGACUACCACAGCGACGCUUACGGCUACUACGUCAGAGGUACAGCCAGCAAAACAACUUCAGCUUUAAACACACUCCUCUUUUUCGCAUUUAUUGUACAUUUUUAUGGCUGGAUUCUCUCGUGAUAUAAUUAUGAAUAGUUUAUUUUGUGACUUUACAAAUGUUAUACAUUCCUUUGCUUUUUAUAUUUUUUUAGGUUGUGAUAGCAUCCGGCCAUUUUUAUCUUCUUACAAUAUUUUUUAUAUUUCUACAACGGAAAACCGGUAGCCUGUCUUAUAGGAAUACAAAUUAAUACUAUAUAUAUUACAGAUAUUUUUACAAGAGUUGUAAAAUAAUGAACCCGUGAUGGGUGAAGUGGUUGCAUCACUUGUAGUAAUUAUGUUUUAUGAAAUAACAAAUUGUCAUCACGUUAUACGAAUUAGAUUACUGAAGAAUCUCAAAUUAUAGUGCAAAAUAGAUAAUGUUAGCGGUUUUGACAGUGCACAAUUUUGAUUUAUAUUUUAUCGAUUUAUAUUUUUAUACUCGUAAGAUUGUCUUGUCGACAAUAAGUAAUUUUAUACUAUAAGCGCCCUUAAAUCUCAAGGAAUUCGUAGUUUUAACUCAUAUCAUAAAAUCUCUUAGAUUAUAAGAAGACAUUUUGAAUCUCUGCUUGUGUCGUAACAAGAAUCCGAGCCAUUUUUAUCUAUAUAUUUAGAAAUAAUAUAAGUGGGUUUAUGUGUGUAUAUAGUACAAAAUGAUCUUUUUUGUUUACUAUAUUAUGGUAAAUAUAGGCAGCUAUAAUUUUUGAUAACGCCUUUAAAUGUUAACGAGACUAUGUAAUAAUCUGUUUUAAUAAAAUUACCCACGCA